AUGGACCUCUGGGAAAUUGGAAGAAGAAAUCCAAGGGUUCGCAAGUAUUUAGGGAUGGUAGCAGGCAUCAGGACCCGUCGACAUUAUGCAAAUCUUGUAGGUCUUGCGAGACAACUGGCAUGGGUGAACCAUGAUGGGGAACGUACUUCUUUCCUUCUGACAUCCUUCAGCGUCGAGCUGGAUGAUCAGCACGAACGACAGGCCGUACUCUGUACUCGAAUCUGGCUUGACCGAGGGUUUGAAAAGUUUAAAUCGGCAUACAGUGAUUGGCAGCUAUCUAUUUUAUCAACAAGAAAGGUUAGAGACACAGAUGAAUUCGAAGAAAUGGGUACUGACCGUCGUUCAGCGAGAGCACCCGCUCCGGGCCUUCGCGACCACUUCAAGCCCGGAACUCUAGCCAGCCAAAGGAUAUGCGACACUAAUCAACGAGGUGUACAUCCUUCCAAGGUUCCAGAUCGGGAUUCGAGCGUCUUGCGUAAUGGCAAGAUGACCUUUGGUGACAGAGAUGGCGCACUAUGA